GGCACUUCUAGGCUGCGUGGACGUGGAAGCGUGCUGGAGUCAGAGCGAGUACGCCAGUGUCCUGAAGAAGAACCCUGAUAUGCCGCAGGAGGAGAGCGAAAGCGACUUCAUCUUCUGGUGUUUGAGACCACGACGUUUGUUGGUGCCAUUGAAGAUGGGUGGCGACCACAAGAUUUGGAGAUUGGAGAAGUCGUCCCUGGCUCCAGCUCAGCGCGGCUUGCAACCCGUGCGAUGGCCCAAACCCCUCGACGACGAAAAGUCCAUGGCAUCGCCGGCGAUCGAGAAGACAGGAGCUACGGCCGCCAAAUGACCGCCGCUAGGCCCAGCUAUUUCCUGAAGCGAAACAAAUGUUUCCUGGAAAGUUCCCCGAAACCACCAGAAUCAUCCUGGCACCAAGCACGUUGGAUGCUCGUCCCUACUUG